GUAUACUUCCAUAUCAUCGCAGCGAACGAGACAUACGAGGGCGGUUGGAUUCCAAACUAUCAGAUCAAGGCCCAGGUCGAUAGGUUGAAUACCGACUUCAAUACUACAGGAAUCUCGUUCAAUUACAGGAACACUUCCCGUAUCUUGAACGCAGAUUGGUUUGAGAACGUUUACCCUGGCUCACCUCAAGAACAAGAGCUCAAACGGGCAUAUCGGCAAGGCGAUGCUACCACUCUCAACAUCUACACCGCCGGAUUCAACAGGACGAACCCCUCACUGGGAUACGGCUCCAUGCCCUCCAAGUACUUCAAAGACCCAAUCAGUGACGGUGUCAUUGUCCGGUACUCCACCUUCCCUGGCGGUGAACGCAAGAACUACAACCUCGGCCGAACGACGGUGCAUGAGGUUGGACAUUGGUUCGGGCUUUACCACACGUUCGAAGGGGAUGGGUGUGAUGGUGUUGGGGACAACGUCGCAGACACGGCCCCGGAAGCUUCAGGUGCGGAAGGGUGCCCUGUUGGCAGGAAUACUUGCCCGGGAGGUCCACCGGAUCCUAUUCACAACUAUAUGGAUUACUCUUUCGAUUUGUGUAUGAGAGAGUUCACGAAGGGUCAAGCGGUCAGGAUGCACGAGGCCAUACGAGCCUUCAGA